AUGUCAUCUUCACGCCACAUUUUCUCCAUCCUCGCCACUGCUGCACUCACGUCUUCCGUGAACGCAGCAUUUGGACCAGCUUUUAGCACCGGCCCAGUGGGAGCCGGAUCUUGGAUUCGCGAAGCCAACUCGACACUCGUACUGCCGAAAGCCCCGACUGGAUCGUCGGGCGACACCGCACUAUGGGUUGGAAUGGGGACUUCGAACGGUGACCUUAUCCAAUCGAUUGCAGACAACGUCAACGCAAAUGACUGGGAUAUUUACGCUUACACGCUUCUAAGCACGUCUGCGACUACUCAAAUGCCGAUCCAAGCGAAAGGCGAGAGGGCGCAAGAGGCGGACAAGAUCACCAUGUACUACAAGUUCGACGACGCAACUGGCAACUAUACGCAGAUUGUCUCAGUCAAUGGCCGACAAGUGUCCACUCUGUCAACCGACGAUGGUCAGGCUAUGGGAUGGGGUAGUGCUGUCGAAUGCGCUGAAGAGAACUGCGGUACCGUCGGGGCGCAUAAGUGGAUCGAUACUACGAUCACGCUGGACAAGGCGGACCCAAACUACGACCAGACCAUGGGAAAAGCUCAGGGUGUCACUGGUGAGAUGUCCACAAGCGAUGGUGGUGUGACAUGGACGAUUACAGAUAUCGAAAUUCCCGAAUUCACUUUCGGAUCGUCUUAG